GAAUUACCCGUCGUUGCCGGGUUUAAGUAUAUAAAUGUAUGUAGUCCGGACUCGUCUCCAUCGAAAGUAGCUAAUUCAGUGUAUAGGGAAAAAAGUAAAAGUGAAGGUAGUGUGGAAGAUCUUGACAAAAGUUUUGUAAAAGAAGAAAAUAUUGAUGAACACACUAAAAAAUUAUUAAACGUAGGAACAUAAAGCGAGCAUCGUAGAACUCGAAGUAGUCGUAAUACUGAAUUUGAGGAAUUAAGAUUUGAAGUAAAACCUAGAAGGAAAAUGAAUAGCGAUAUAGUAACACUAAAAUUGGAAGAGGCAGUUAAAUUAAUACCAAAAAGUACUGGAGAAGAUGACGUUAAUCAGUUUAUUCAGGCAUGUGAUUUAGCUAUAGAGUCAGUAGAAAAGAAAAAUGUAUCGAUUUUAAUAAAAUAUAUAACAACUAAAUUAAGUGGUAGGGCUUUAGAAGCAAUUAAAUAUAAAGAUACAACUAAAUGGAAAAAACAUAAAAAAAUAUUUAACCGAUACUUUUGAGGCACAACAUUCCGCUUCAGCUUUACAAAUAGAAUUAAAUUCUAUUAAAAUGCUUCAAGGGGAAGACGUAAAUACUUAUACAAAUCGCGUAGAAAAAUUAUUUUAUAAGUUAAGUGAUAUGAGCACUGCAAAUAAAGAUGAAAAAGAGGCUAGAAUUAUUCACGAUACAAUAAAAGAACAAACUUUAGUAGUAUACAU